GUGACAUUAUUGUUUGUAAAUGCCCAACCCUUCCCAAUCUACAAGCUCACCUUCCAGGACGGAGCCCAGCCCAUUUUCACCAUAUAUAAACUGCUGCCGAGAGGCUCAUCUCACAGAUCUGCUCCUCUCAGCUCUACCCUCCAGCCUCUCACGCUUUCUUCAGCCUUCCCUCUUCAGCAAUCAUGUCUAGCAAAUCCACCGUGAGGAGCCAAAGCGUCAGCCACCGUGGCUUCAGCACCAGCUCAGCCAGAGUCCCAGGGGUCUGCCGCUCUGGCUUCAGCAGUGUCUCUGUGUCCCGCUCCAGGGGCACUGGUGGCCUCGGUGGAGUGUGUGGAGGAGCUGGCUUUGGGAGCAGGAGCCUCUAUAGCCUGGGCGGCUCCAAGAGGAUCUCCAUCGGAGGGGGCAGCUGUGCCAUCAGUGGCGGAUAUGGUGGCCGAGUUGGAGGUGGCUUUGGCUAUGGAGGUGGAGCUGCCAGUGGAUUUGGUUUUGGUGCCGCAGCUGGUGGUGGCUUUGGGCUCGGUGGUGGAGCUGGUUUUGCUGGUGGCUAUGGGGGCUCUGGCUUCCCUGUGUGCCCCCCUGGAGGCAUCCAAGAGGUCACCAUCAACCAGAACCUCCUCACUCCUCUGAACCUGCAAAUCGACCCCACCAUCCAGCGGGUGAGGACUGAGGAGCGGGAGCAGAUCAAGACCCUCAACAACAAGUUCGCCUCCUUCAUCGACAAGGUGCGAUUCCUGGAACAACAGAACAAGGUCCUGGACACCAAGUGGACUCUGCUCCAGGAGCAGGGCACCAAGACCGUGAGGCAGAACCUGGAGCCCUUGUUUGAGCAGUACAUCAACAACCUCAGGAGACAGCUGGACAGCAUCCUGGGGGAGAGGGGCCGCCUGGACACAGAGCUCAGGGGCAUGCAGGACAUGGUGGAGGACUUCAAGAACAAAUACGAAGAUGAAAUCAACAAGCGCACAGCAGCAGAGAAUGAAUUUGUGACUCUAAAGAAGGUGAGCUGCUGAAGAUCAGGGGUUCAUGUUCCUUUCUAGAAAGAAAGGACUCUUGGCCCCUGCACACAUCCAAGAGGGGAGUAGAUGGGGAGACUAAAAGGUGUUCAGACUGGGAAGGAAGGCUCAGCUGACUCCAAGGUGUUGGCUUG